CAACAGCGCCUACAGGUGUAAAAUGUUUCCUCUGUGUGGGUAAGGAUAGAGCUUCUUGUGACAAAGUCGCUAAAGUAGUGCAAUGUAACGUGGGCGAGAGGUGUUACUCUGGCGKAGCAACAGUGAAAGGUUCAAAAACGACAAACUUCGCUAGAGGGUGUACUACACAAACUGUUGAGCAAUGUCGAACAUACUGCAAAACAUUUCAAAACAAAUUAGUGAACUGUACUUAUGAGUGCUGCGAUGGAAACCUAUGCAACAAGCCUGGAACAAAUACGCAGCCUCCAACGAUUACAUCUACGAAUACGCAAAGCCCAGUAACUGGAACAAGACGACUAUGGUGCACACAUUGUCACUCACAACUUAGCGAAGAGGACUGUGAAUCGAAAAGAAUACUAAAACAAUGCGAUUCAAGCGACCGUCUUUGCUAUUUUGGCGAGGCUGGUUACCAGUCUGGGGAGAAGAUGUUCGCUAAGGGAUGCAUGCAGCCAGUGAAGUGCAAAACAGCUUGUGAUCGAUUGGGAGUUGGUGCUAAGUUCUGUAACUUGACAUGUUGUAAAGGAGAUGACUGCAAUCGUCAGAUUAUAACCGUUGCUCCAACGAAAACUCCUGUAAAGAACCCUAACAUCAGGGCUCUACUGAAGCUAAUUGACGCUUUCAAGGUUCUCCUCGAAGCUAUUGAAAACUCAAUCCGUGUAAGCGCAAUGGAUUUCAAAGCCUCAAACUUCAAAGAUCAAAUAUCAUCCUUAGUGAGAGAAACACAAAGCCGCGAACAAAACAUAGGAGCAAAGAAAAACCCAGUCGCCAGAAACGCUAGAAGACAGUUGAUUGAACUGCGCACGCGCGCUGAUGAAGUACUUAAAAAMCUCGACUCUCCUUGAGGAAUCAUCCCACAAUCAAAGACGAAGGAUCAGGCAAAGGCAGAUGGUUUGAAGAAACUGUCGACGGWUGGCUUGGCUACAUCGCACACACGUUUUAUUGUCAAUAAUGCAUUUCGGUUUUCGUAUGUCAAAGCAUUUCAUCAUUCUUUUUAAAAGAGCUGUAUUUAAGUUAAAACGCUUACUACAUUUGCUUCUAUGAAGUAAAUACAAAGUGAGAUUAGUCUACACGACAUUAAAAUACUUUUAUUUAUUAAAAUAUUAUAAUUAUUACAUUAAA